GCGGCCCCGCGGGGCCCCACCAGCAGCAGGAUCCGGUCAUUGCGGGAUCCGGUCACUGUGGGGCCAAGCUGUGGGGCUGAACUGUGGGGCCGGGUGCUGGAAGGCGACAAGGGAUGGAGGAGGGCCAGGCUGGGCAGAGCCCCUCCUCCCCACUGCGCCUUGCAAGCGAGCGGCUGGACGAGGACAAGGGCAGGGAUGAGGACGAGGACAAGGAUGAAGAUGAGGACCCAGCUGCGGCAGGGGAUGAGCAGCACAUCACCACGCUGCUGGCCUGCACAAACCCCCACAGCACUCGGCAUCUGCCCCAUAAGGAGGAAGAAGAGCACUCGGGGUGCACCAGCAGCCCCCGCCCCGAUGGGCGGCAGCCUCAAGGGCUCGAUGGCACUGGGAAGGAAGCCCCCCGCCCCGACCUCUUUGCUGCCCUGCAGCACGCCGUCAGCUCGCUGGAACGCGCCGUCAUCUCCCGGCAUCGGCGCACGCCGGCACCGCCAGCAGAGUGGGCACAGAGCCUGGAGGAGCUGCAGCGCGUGGCGGGGACGUGGCAGGGCCUGGAGAGGGGAGAGGGGCUGCUGGAGGCGGCGGCGAGGAACGCGGCGCUGCUGGAGGCGCUGGGGCACCGCGACGAGGAGCUGAGCCGCACCACGGAGGCACUGCAGGCGUUGCAGGGGGAGCGCGAGCGGCUGCAGGGGAAGGUGUGGGAGCUGCAGGAGGCUCUGGCCAGGCUGGAAGGAAUGGGUGGUGCUGGGGGUGACGCCGUGGGGCUCAGCAGUGCUCCAAGACUGGGGGACCCCCAGGACUUGUCUGGCUGCCUCCUGAGCUACGACGAAGCUCAGCACCAAAGCGCUCAGCCCCACAGCCCGCUCUCCCCCCUGCCCUCAGAAGGUGCCAGCCAGGAGCUGGAGGACAGGAUGCAACAGCUACAGGGGCACACGGAGAGGCUGAAGGAGGUGAACCAGCAGCUCUCGGCUGCCCUGCACGACUGCAAGAGCGAUUCGGAGCGGCUCAGCAUGGUGCUGGGGCAGCACGAGUCACGCAGCAGCGCGCUGCGCCUGGCACUGCACUGCAGUGAGCGCUGCGUGGACGCCUAUGCUGCACUGCUGGAACGGAUGUGGGCGAAGCUGGGCAGGGAUGGGCACGGCCCCGAUGCUGGAGCCAUGGGGAAGCAGAGCGCAGAGCAUGGCUGUGGGCCCAGCCCCACACAGAGCCUGCAGCUCCCGGGCCAAGCAGAGCCGAAGGACAGCGGGGUCAGCUCCUGCCCCAGGCUGCACAGCGCCCACGGGUCAGAGGAGGGGGCCCUGCGUGAGGCCAUCCGGCAGCUGCGUGCCGAGCAGGCGGCCGUGCAGGUGUCCCUGAGCCAUGUCCCCAUGCCCACCCGCGCCCCAUCCCGCUGUGGUGAGGACAUCCGUGCCCGUGCUGAGCGUGCUCUGCAGGAUGCUCGUGCCCUCCUGCCUGGCUGGAGGCGGCCAGAGAGAGCGGAGCUGCUGCGGGAGAUCGCAGAGCUGAAGGAGGCCAUGGCCGAGCUGAGGAUGCGGCUGCAGUUGGCAGAGAAGGAGAAGAGGGGCUUGGAAGUGCUGGUGGCUGCGCAGGGCCCACGGGAGGCAGCGCUGCGCCUGGUGCUGCAGCACAUGGAGCGGGAGCAGGGGGCUCACAGCCCCUCCAGCAGCUCCAGCAGCAGCGAGGAGGAUGCUCCGAUGGGAGCAGCAGCACUGCAGCGCCCUGCGGACCCGGAGAGGACGGCGCAGGAGCUGCAGCGUGCUUUGGCACGCAUCGAGCAGCUGCACGCCCGAGCACAGGCCCUGGUGCUGUCCCUGGAGCAGAGCAGUGCUGUCAGCCGUGUGCAGCACGAGAAGUGCAUCGCCGUCACCAGAGAGUCCUUCCAUGCUCACAGUGCUCUGGCCCUGGCGUACCGCAGCGCCCGGCACAAGCAGGCAGCACAGCUGCAGCACCUGGAGGCACGGGCAGGAGCCGUGCAGCAGCAGCAGGCGCAGCGCAUGCAGGCAUUGGCACGACGGCUGCAGGCCUUGGAGCAGCGCAGGGCUGGCGGCGAGACCUGCAUUUAGGGACGCAGGGGACAAUAAAGCACUGGUG